AUGUACGGCCUAAUCCUGGAGAACAUGUCCGAGUACAUUCGGCAGGUCUACGGAGAGGACCGCUGGGAGGAGAUUCGCCGGCAAGCCGCGGUCGAUCAGCCGAGUUUCAGCGUCCACCAGGUGUAUCCCGAGAACCUGAUUCCUCGGCUUGCCAAGAAGGCGAUACAGGUCCUGGGGGUCACGGAGAAGGAGUUCUUCGACCAGAUGGGAGUUCACUUCGUGGGUUUCGUCGGCCAGUACGGCUACGACAGGGUCCUCUCGGUGCUGGGCCGACACGUUCGCGAUUUCCUCAACGGCCUGGACAAUCUGCACGAGUACCUCAAGUUCUCCUACCCCAGGAUGCGAGCUCCUUCCUUCAUCUGCGAGAACGAGACCCGACAAGGUCUGACUCUCCAUUACAGGAGUAAACGUCGGGGAUUCGUUUACUACACGAUGGGGCAGAUCAGGGAGGUGGCCAGGUACUUUUACCACAAGGAGCUGCAGAUCGAGCUCAUCAGGGAGGAAAUCCUCUUCGACACCGUCCACGUAACCUUCCAGCUGACUUUCGACAACCGAGCCUUCACCCUGGCCUCCCUUGCCAUGACACGGGAGGAGAAGCACCUGCCGAUCGGUGCCUCGGUCCUCUUCGAGAUAUUCCCCUUCUGCAUCGUGUUCGGCUCGGACAUGGUGAUGAGGAGCAUCGGAAACUCGCUCAUGGUCAUCCUGCCGGACCUCGUUGGGAAGAAGAUCACCCACUGGUUCGACCUCGUCAGGCCGAUGAUCGCUUUCAAAUUUCAGUCGAUCCUGAACCGGACGAACAAUAUUUUUGAGCUCGUGACGGUGGAGCCCGUCCUUACGGAACGUCCUGCGGAUCGCCGGAGAAACGAGGAGAUGUUGAGCGACGAGUUGGAGGGACCCGAUGAUAAGACCUUAAGAUUGAAAGGUCAAAUGGUGUACAUGGAUAAUUGGAGGAUGAUGAUGUACCUCGGCACUCCCGUGAUGCCCGACUUGAACGCCCUGAUAGCGACCGGACUCUACAUCAAUGACCUGUCCAUGCACGACUUUAGCAGAGACUUGAUGCUGGCGGGCACGCAGCAAUCGGUGGAGUUGAAGCUGGCCUUGGACCAGGAGCAGCUCAAGAGCAAGAAAUUGGAAGAGUCCAUGAGGAAGCUCGACGAGGAGAUGAGAAGGACCGACGAGCUUCUCUAUCAAAUGAUACCGAAACAAGUGGCCGACAGGUUGAGGAACGGCGAGAAUCCUAUAGACACUUGCGAGAUGUUCGACAGCGUGUCCAUUCUUUUUUCCGACGUGGUCACUUUCACGGAGAUCUGCAGCCGCAUCACCCCGAUGGAGGUCGUGUCCAUGUUAAACGGCAUGUACUCCCUCUUCGACACCCUGACGGAGAGAAAUCGCGUAUACAAGGUGGAAACGAUUGGCGAUGCUUACAUGGUGGUGUCCGGAGCACCCGUGAAGGAGAGCGACCACGCGGAUCGCGUUUGCGACAUGGCGCUCGACAUGAUCGAGGCCAUCACCGACCUCAAGGAUAGAUCCACCGGAACGAUCCUUGCAGGUCAACAUCUUCAGAUACGCGUGGGCAUCCACAGCGGCGCCGUAGUGGCCGGGAUAGUCGGGUUGAAGAUGCCCCGUUACUGUCUGUUCGGAGAUUCCGUGAAUACGGCAUCCAGGAUGGAGGCGACCAGUGAGGCGAUGCAAAUCCACGUCUCUCAUUCGACGAGAGUCCUUUUGUCACCUUCGUACAAACUGACGGAACGCGGGGAGAUUCAAAUUAAAGGGAAAGGACCGAUGAAAACGUAUUGGCUGGAGAAGAGGGAGGGCAGGUGUCCCUUGGGCCGGGGGUUCGCGGCCCACAAGCCUCCGCAGUGGCACAAUCGCGCGAACGAGAAGAGGAUCUCCUUGGGCAGCACCCGAGGAUCCAUAUCCUCCUCCAGGUGCGAGUGGAGGAACCGGGUGGACGUUUCGACCAAAAAGGACUCCAGGCUGUCCUCUCCGACGCCCCUUGGGUCCUCGGGGUUCCUCUCCGAGGAGAGGAGGAUAUAUUCUCCCAUCACCUUUCAGGACGUCGUCAGGAGGUCCGUCGCCAACUCGCCGAUCAAGUCCGUCGAUACCAGAGAGGCGAGAUCGAACUCAAUGGGGGCCGUAGCGACCCUGACGCAAAAUCCCGCGGACGUGUUCGGGGAAUUGGUGAACGAGACCGAGGAGCACUUCCGGUUGCAUCGAGACAGCACCUCGUCGUCCAGAGGGCGGCACUCGGCGAGCGCGACCGCGAGCUCGAACGCCCAGGCCAGGUCGGAGGUGACCGUCGACAUGAGCAGCUCGGAGGAGGACGGCUCGAGGGAGGAGAGGGCCUCCACCGUCGACGCGGCCUCCUCCUCCAAGGACCUCGGAAACGUCUUCUAUCUGGGCGCCGAGCGAGACGACAGCAACUCUCAGCUGAUGCUCCAUCGGGAACACUGCUGCCCGGGAUUCUCCAUACCAAAGACCGGGAAAACUCGUAACCCCAAUGGCGCGUGUAGGAUAGUCUGA